UGAAAACAUCACGCGGUCAUAUGCCUUACUUCAGACGUGUGAGCCAAUAAAUGACGAGUAAUACGCCUCGAGCGGGGUGUCGGCGUUUGCUCUUCACUCUGAUUGGACAGAAACUUUACCCCAGGACCCCUCUGGAGUCACUUCUUCCUGUGACGAAAGCUCGGUAACAGAAACACUGUUCGCAUAGGCUGCCAGCAGCACCGCGGUUAUUAGAGGCUGAAUAGAUUGACAAGAAGGCUUUAUCUGAACAAAUCGAGGACAACAUUUAGAAAGCGUCGCUUUUCUACGUCCGUAGGUUAUUGAAGUGAAACCUGAACCAGCUAAUCGGUUCUGCUAGCUAACUGACGGCUUCAGCUAACGUUGGAUCAUUAGCUGGAAUAAACCGCCAGAGAUCACAGUUCGUUUAACAGCAUAUUUGACAGUGUCUCGUAAAUCAUAUCUAAAGGCCUCUGAGAGCUUCUGUCAUUAGCAACAGCAAACAAUAACGUCUUCAACAAGCUGAAGUGCGGUGAUGGACUUCGUUGCAGGAUGCAUCGGAGGUGCUGCUGGAGUUUUGGUUGGACACCCAUUUGACACAGUGAAGGUUAGGCUGCAGGUCCAGAGUGUUGAUAAGCCCCUGUAUCGAGGAACUUUCCACUGUUUCCAGUCCAUCAUAAGACAGGAGUCGCUGUCUGGUUUAUAUAAAGGCAUUGGAUCUCCCAUGAUGGGCCUUACGUUCAUUAAUGCUAUAGUGUUUGGUGUCCAGGGCAACACCAUGCGUCUGCUUGCACAUGACACCCCCACACACCAGUUUCUUGCUGGUGCUGCGGCAGGCACCAUACAGUGUGUCAUCUGCUGCCCCAUGGAACUGGCUAAAACUCGCAUGCAAAUGCAGGGCACCGGGGAGAAGAAGCCUUCUAAGAAGCUGUACAAGAACUCCCUGGACUGUUUGGUGCGCAUCUACAGACGCGAGGGUUUGUGGGGUGUAAACAGAGGAAUGCUCACCACCCUCAUCCGCGAAACGCCUGGUUUCGGAGUGUAUUUCUGGGCCUAUGACGUGCUGACACGCAGCCUGGGGUGUGAGCCCGACAACCGCUACAUGAUCCCCAAACUGCUGUUUGCCGGAGGCAUGGCCGGCAUCGCCUCGUGGCUCUCCACCUAUCCCGUAGACGUGAUCAAAUCUCGGCUGCAAGCAGACGGGGUGGGCGGAGUCAACCAGUACAGCAGCAUCGCAGACUGUGUGCGGCAGAGCGUGAGGAAGGAGGGUUACAUGGUGUUCACGCGAGGCCUCACCUCCACGCUCCUACGGGCCUUCCCUGUGAACGCAACCACCUUCGCUACCGUCACCCUGGUCCUGAUGUACGCUCGCAGGUCGGAGGAAGGCUUAUCAGACUGUGAGCCGGCUCAGCCUGGCCACCAUACGCAGAUAAAGCAGCAGCCUUCCAGCCUGUAACUGUGGAGGUCUAACCCUCAGCCUUGACACUUAAAAAAACACACGCAGAGACGAAUGAAACCCCAUUAAUGCUUGCUGACUCUGUUACUGUAGAUUAACCAUUCCCAGCUGUGAGUCUUGGAAUAUCUUGUAUAAAUGAGCACUUGAUAUAUUUAUUUUUUUGUCAACUUUUAUUCUUAUAAAUAUAAAACAAACACAAAUCUGAUGGUGUUUCUGGAUAGUUUGUACAGUGUAGACACUGGAAAGUCCUAUAUCAUAGGUAUUUACCAUAUCUUGAAAUGUAUGGUUUGCAAUGUAUCUAUAUACCAAUAAUCUUGCUGUUUUGUUUUUCUAUAUUUGGAGACAUUUUCCUGGCUUAUUGAGUGUUUUUAUUCUUGCCAAGGAUGCUAAGCCGUUGCUCAAGUUUUACAUGAGCUCUAACCCCUGAAGAGUCCAGGGGUUAAACUGUAGCAGAAAAUUAACGUGGAGAACAUCUUUCUGUCUAUCUAACCAAAACAGCAUUACAGCUGGAGUAUCAUCAUCACUGAGGUUCUGUUGGAUCUACAGUAGUAUCCACUGUAGAAAAGAACCGCCUGGUAUGAAGGUCUGUUUAGUGUUUGUAUAUAAAUCAAUGCUGCAGAUGUUUUUUGUUUUUUUUUAUGUUUGUUGUACUGUCUCUUAGUUCUGUAUGGUUACAGUUAGUGGUUUCAUCUCUUGUUUCAAAAGCUGUACACAUCAUUACCUCCACAAUUAUUGGCUUCCCUGGUAAAGCUGUGGACAGAAGCCCUAAAAUAAGUGGUUGUCGUUGAGGUUUGCAGAUACAAAGUUCUCUUAACAGUGAGCUGUAAAGAUAUGGUUGCCUCCCUUACCUCGUUGAGUCUUGUUUGUCACAGUUCACGUUGUUACUCAACUCUUUUCCUAACCUGAAGAUCGGCACACAUCAGCCUUGCUUGAGUUGCAUGUUGUUCGGUCUCUCUUGUAGAAAUGGCCCUGUGUAUCUCAUAUUUAUACCCCAUGGAAACAGAAAGUCUAAUUUACUAGUUAAAGGUUCCUAGACGCCCAGGCCAAUUUAGAAAUUGUUAAUUUUAUGUUAAGGGAAUCAUUUGGCUGCAAAAUACCUUUGCUUAUGUGUUAAUUUUUGUUCUCACCGAUUAAUUGUACCCAGAGGUCAAAUUUGAAAGGCAGUUUAUUUUAAGGUUAUUCACACAUCUCUAUCAGGGGUACCGAUAAUGCACUGGUUUUAAGGUCUCUUGAAGUUUUAUCUUUGAAAAGUUUUGCAUCUUUUCCAUGUGUCCGUGUGGGCCUGGUGUGCUCGGGAUGAUGUGCAGUGUCCAUUUUCUGUUUAUACAUUUAAUUUUUCAUGUAAGGAAAGCAAGUGUAGAAAGUUUUCUGAGUCUGCAAAACAAGCACAGUUUAUGUCGUGGUCCCUCAUGGAUGUUUUGUUUGGCCCUGAAAAGACUGCUAAACAUGUUUAUUUUCAGCAUGGUUCUGUUACUUCAGUAAUAGCUUUGUACGUGGUUUGCAAAGUGAGAAAAUGACAUCUUAUAAAAGCAAUAAUACGGAAACAAUAAAUGUGAUGAAAAUGUUCAGACCUGAGUAGAAACCUUCAGAAAUCUUCCGCUCAAUGGGUAAUUGAAUAUGAAUAUAUUUGUAUUUUAAAGGUAAAAAAUGGUGUUUGAAUGUUCUGUUAUCACAUUGUAUUUGUGUGCAACAAUAUUAUAUAACCUGUACCUUAUCUUGGUCAGAGCUUUAAUCAGGCUGCAGGUUCUCCAUCUGUAACAGAGACCUGAAAGUAUUGUUAAAGGAUGGCAACUGACUGCUUCAUUUGUGUGUGUGUGUGUGUGUGUGUGUGUGUGUGUGGGUGCCUUCCAUCAUAUGAUUUAUUGUUUGUAUUUAACCCAACUGAGCAAAUUUUAUUUGCAAAAGGCAGACUUAUGUGUAUGUUCCCUUCAAGGCUUUUAAUUGUCAUAGAUGGACAAUAUCCGUCCUAAAAGGACGUGUCGAAAGUUGUACGGUUUACAAAAAGUUAAAGCACUGCUGCCACUUGUGUACGAAACACUCCCGAUGGAGAGGAGAAAGUCCCAGCUGCACUAAAACCUCAAAAAUGUUGAAUGUAAACCACCUGUAUUCACAUACUGAUGGUCCUAUGAAUGGCGAUGUGAUUUAUUGACAUUAUUUUGGGGGUUUCUGAUCUCCAAAAUAAAUCGUUGAUGUUUAAUAAUCUUAAAUGCUGCUGAAAUGCUUGUUUGUGCUAUAGUCCCAGCUCAUUAUGUUAAAUGAAGAUGAAGAAAGCGGUUUCUUCUUAUUUCCAGCUUUGUGACAAUAACAUGAAAACCCAAUGCUGACAGAGCCAAUCCAGCUGAUGUGAGAGAUGCAAUAUGUACAGGAUUUAACAGUAAAAUGUGAGACUUAUUUUGAAGUGCAGCAUCUAGUUUUCCAUGAAUGUCUGAGUGUAAAGGGUUUCGGAAAGUUGUAAAUGUUUUAUUAGAAACUAAAGGCAUAUUUUUCUCCUACAGAACCUGUUUCUGAGACUCUAUAAAUGAGGGAAUAAAAAUUAUUUAUCAGUU